AUGUACACAACAGAAAUGCUUAAGUCCAUAUGUCUGCUGGGAUCGCUGCAGUUUCAUCGGAAAGGAAAAGAACCUUGUGCCCUGCCCAAGAUCCUAGAUACUAAAGUGGAGGAGAGUUCUGAAAUACCUAUUUUAGAAGACACAUCAUCAUCACCAACAGAUAUUCAACAGCAUUUAUGGCAGGUUUCCACCGAUAUUGAAAACACUGAAAGAUAUGAGGGAAAUGAAAAACCUUUUAAGUAAACUCAGGGAGACUAUGCCUUUACCACUGAAAAAUCAAGGUAG